AUGGAGCUCAACUUUUCUUCAAUGGCUUUAGCCAACAGCAAAACCCCUUGUUUCGGCCUUACACCCACCGGAACAUUCUCAAACUCAUCGAAAUCCCUCUCCUUUGCUUCUCACCAUCCGCUUCCGAGAGUUUCAUUCUCUGUUUCUUCUACUGAUUCACUCAAGCUAAUGACUUCGAGAAAGGUGAUGGCAAUUGCUGCGGCAAGCUCCAGGGACUUGGAGAUGUCGAAUUUAACAGCUUUAUCGCCUUUGGAUGGUCGUUACUGGGGUAAAGUUAAGGAAUUGGCCUCUUCCAUGAGCGAGUUUGGUUUGAUCUAUUUCCGAGUACUUGUCGAGAUCAAAUGGCUUCUGAAGCUUUCGAAAAUCCCUCAAGUCACGGAAGUUCCAAGCUUUACCAAAGAUGCCGAGGUCUACUUGCAAGGCAUAAUCGAUGGGUUUAGCAUUGAGGAUGCGUUGGAAGUUAAGAAGAUCGAGAGAGUAACAAAUCACGAUGUGAAAGCAGUGGAGUAUUUCUUGAAACAAAAGUGUGAAUCACAUCCAGAGAUUGUCAAGGUUCUUGAGUUUUUCCAUUUUGCUUGCACCUCUGAGGACAUCAACAAUCUCUCCCAUGGUUUAAUGCUUCAAGAAGCACUUACUUCUGUUAUACUUCCAACCAUGGAUGAGCUGAUCAAAUCAAUCUCUCUCAUGGCUAAGGAAUUUGCAUACGUCCCCAUGCUUUCAAGAACUCAUGGCCAGCCAGCUUCUCCUACAACUUUGGGGAAGGAAAUGGCGAUUUUCGCUGUGAGGUUAAGCGAAGAAAGGAGAUGUCUUUCAGAAACCAAGAUCAAGGGGAAAUUUGCAGGUGCUGUUGGGAACUACAACGCUCAUAUCUCUGCGUAUUCUAAUAUCGACUGGCCUCAUGUUGCAGAGGAGUUUGUUACUUCUCUCGGAUUAGCAUUUAACCCAUAUGUCACUCAGAUUGAACCUCAUGACUACAUGGCUAGACUUUUUAACACAAUAAGCCAAUUCAACAACAUCUUGAUUGAUUUCGACAGAGAUAUAUGGAGCUACAUAUCUCUAGGCUACUUUAAGCAGAUAACAAAAGCUGGUGAGAUCGGAUCAUCGACAAUGCCUCACAAAGUGAAUCCUAUUGACUUUGAGAACAGUGAAGGGAACCUAGGCAAAGCAAACGCAGAGCUUACUUUCCUCAGCAUGAAGCUUCCCAUUUCACGAAUGCAGCGUGAUUUAACCGAUUCAACUGUGUUGAGAAACAUGGGUGGAGCUUUAGGACACUCUCUUCUCGCUUACAAGAGCGCGAUUCAGGGGAUCGGGAAGCUUCAGGUUAAUGAAGCUCGGUUGAAUGAAGAUUUGGAUCAAACUUGGGAAGUCCUCGCUGAACCGAUACAAACUGUGAUGAGGAGAUACGGUGUUCCAGAGCCGUAUGAGAAGCUAAAGGAGCUAACAAGAGGAAGAGCUGUGAAUGAAGAAAGCAUAAGAGAGUUUAUCAAAGGUUUGGAUUUGCCUGAAGAUGCAAAAUCUCAGCUUUUGAAGCUGACUCCACACACUUAUGUUGGAGCUGCUGCUGCAUUGGCUUUGGCCGUCGAUGAAGCUUUGCACUUGGGACAUUGA